AUGGCCAUCGAAAACGAUACUCGCGGAUGGAUCAUGACAUGUAUUAGCGGCGUUGCUUGUGUCAUUGGCGCUGCCAUCAUCUGCAUCGACAUACCUGUGCGGCAGAUUCACCGCUGGCGCAACUUUUCCAUAUCGGAAAGUGAUGCCUUUCUCUCUGCCUCGUUGAGCCUCAGUUUUGGCGUCAUGUUGUUCUCGGCCCUGUAUUCGAUGCUUCCGCAGUCCAAGAAAUACUUCAAGGACGCAGGCUACUCGCCCCGUGCAGCAUCCUACCUCCUAAUCGGACUGUUUCUAGGGGGCGUUAUCGGCAUUCAGUUGCUGUCACGCGUUCUACACCAUUUUAUUCCAUCGCAUGUCGUAGACUGUGACCACACCCACGACGAAGAGGAGGCCAAGGAUCAGGAAGAGAUGUCGGAACAUGCGCAUGACGAUGAGCAUACCAAUGGUCUCUCGGCCUCGAAAUGCCCGCCAGACCCCAUUCGAGAAGCCGAUGAAGACAGUCCGCUGCUGUCUCGGACCACGAGCCUGAGUCCUAGAAAGCCUCCACGAGAGAGCCCUGAGGAAAAUGCACCGUCCCAAGACCAGUCGUUUCACACCGCACGUUCUCGGAGAAUAUCCCUGAUGCCUAGAACGCUCACAAGGACGCUCACAAAGUACGUGAGUGGCCAGAAGGAUAACUGUGAUGAAACUGGUCCGUGCAUGGGCUUCACAGAUCCCUGCGGCCAGGACUGCUUCAAGGCAGCCCAAAGACGGGGUUCUAGCAUCCCGCCCCAUGCUCCCUUCUUGCGCUCACCUACAUGGCGUAGCGGUGCGACGGCUGGAGGUUUUGAGGAGCAGGACCCUUCAUCCAACGGAUCCAUUGUUGGUCAUCAUACAACUCACGAGGUCGAUGUGAGAGGCUCGAAACCUGCUAUGAGUCGAUCGAGAUCUUCCACGCAUCACUUCCAUCAUCCGGAGCACCAGCACGGCAGCCUGAGCGAGCCUCAUCGGCGAACAUCUCACCAUUCGCAUUCACUCUCAGUGCCAGGAGAACACCAUCACCACGUCCCCACCAACGCAUUCAUGUCCAUCGGCCUUCAGACAUCAUUGGCCAUCGCCUUACACAAGGCUCCAGAGGGCUUUAUCACGUAUGCAACAAACCAUGCAAAUCCCACGCUGGGUUUUGCCGUCUUCAUGGCGUUGUUCAUCCACAACAUCACAGAAGGCUUUGCCAUGUCUCUGCCCCUGUACCUGGCGAUUGGCUCGAGGGUCAAGGCCAUAGCUUGGUCCUCAUUCUUGGGCGGCGUUUCACAGCCCCUCGGAGCCGGCAUUGCAGCUUUGUGGUUCAAGUUGGCCAACAGGAGCAGUCUGGGAGCUCCUACCGAAGGAGUGUAUGGUGGCAUGUUCGCCGUGACGUCUGGUGUGAUGACCAGUGUUGCCUUAUCGCUCUUCGCAGAGAGCCUGCAACUGAGCCACAACAAGGGGACUUGUAUCGCCUUUGCAUUCUUGGGUAUGGCCAUCCUGGGCUUUAGCUUUGCAUUGACAGCGAAAUAG